AUGGAGCUUCACUUUCCUUCCUUCCAUAUCCUCUCCGCCUUCAUCUUGUUUCUGGUCGUGGUACUGAGAACACAGAAGAGAUCCAAAACCGGUAGUUUGACGCCAAAUCUACCACCUGGGCCAUGGAAGCUUCCACUUGUAGGAAACAUUCACCAGCUUGUUGGCUCCCUACCUCACCACGCCCUGAGGGACUUGGCUAAGAAAUAUGGUCCCCUAAUGCAUUUACAACUUGGUGAAGUUUCCACCAUUGUCGUUUCUUCAUCGGAAAUUGCCAAAGAGGUAAUGAAAUCUCAUGACAUCAUCUUUGCACAGAGGCCCCACAUUCUGGCCACAAGGAUCAUGUCCUAUAAUUCUACCAACAUUGCCUUUGCGCCAUAUGGUGACUAUUGGAGACAUUUGCGAAAAAUUUGCAUGUCCGAGCUUUUGAGUGCAAAUCGUGUUCAAUCUUUCCAGUCAAUCCGGAACGAAGAGGAAUCAAAUCUUGUUAGAUCAAUCUCCUUGAACACAGGGUCGCCAAUCAAUCUUACUGAGAAAACUUUUGCAUCAAUCUGUGCCAUCACUACAAGGGCGGCCUUUGGUAAGAAGUGCAAAUACCAGGAAACAUUCAUCUCGGUUCUCCUGGAAACUAUUAAGUUGGCAGGAGGCUUCAACGUGGGUGACAUAUUCCCUUCCUUCAAGUCUCUCCAUUUGAUAAGUGGGAUGAGGCCUAAGCUCGAGAAGCUGCAUCAGGAGGCUGACAAGAUACUUGAAAACAUCAUUCAUGAACAUAAAGCAAGAGGAGGGACAACAAAGAUCGACAAGGAUGGACCAGAUGAAGAUCUGGUAGAUGUUCUUUUAAAGUUUCAUGAGGAUCAUGGUGACCAUGCAUUUUCCUUAACUACUGACAACAUCAAAGCAGUUCUCUUGGACAUUUUUGGUGCUGGAAGUGAGCCAUCAUCAACAACUAUAGAUUUCGCCAUGUCAGAAAUGAUGAGAAACCCCAGAAUAAUGAGAAAGGCACAAGAAGAGGUGCGGCGGAUUUUUGACAGGAAGGAAGAAAUCGAUGAAAUGGGUAUUCAAGAAUUGAAAUUCUUGAAGUUAGUUAUCAAAGAGACUUUAAGAUUACAUCCUCCACUUCCUUUGUUACUUCCAAGAGAAUGCAGAGAGAAAUGUGAGAUUGAUGGACAUGAGAUACCUGUCAAAUCUAAAAUCAUUGUCAAUGCAUGGGCAAUCGGACGAGAUCCCAAACAUUGGACUGAACCUGAAAGCUUCAACCCAGAGAGAUUCCUUGACAGUUCAAUCGAUUACAAGGGCACUAACUUCGAGUACAUCCCAUUCGGUGCUGGAAGGAGGAUAUGCCCGGGAAUCUUGUUUGGCCUUGCCAGUGUUGAGCUUCUACUUGCAAAGUUGCUGUACCAUUUCGAUUGGAAACUUCCCAACGGAAUGAAGCAACAAGAUCUAGACAUGACUGAGGUUUUUGGCUUGGCUGUUCGAAGAAAAGAAGAUCUGUACUUGAUUCCCACUGCUUACUAUCCUUUAUCUCAUGAAUAAGCUCAAA